GUGUUGAAAUGCAGCAAAAAAUUUUAACAAAAAAAUAAAUACUUAAGUAAAACACAGAAACGGAAACCUCCACUGAAGUACAGUAAUGAAAUAUUUCAUUACUUCCUAAUUCAGCUGCAAAUACUGUUGUAAUACUGUGAUACUGACUCAACACUGGAAAGUCCUUGCUUACAUGUUCCCUGCUGAGGUGGUGUAAUGACUGUCUUAAACCAACAUCUUAGGUGACACACUGAACAGUUUAGAUACAAUGAUCUGACUUGGUAAGACAAAACAGAUGACAACCGAUUGGAGCUGAACGCCUUUUGUCAUAAUGGCAGGAAAUUUCCCAGGAAGCUGUUUAUGCAGUGUGUUUGGUGCAGGGAUAUUUAUUGCGGGGUGCACUGUUCUUCUUGUGAGUGCAUUUCCAAUUGCUGAGAUUGCUAUUGGUGCAGUGUACAUGUAUGAGUGUCCAGCAGCUCCAAUGAUUCCAGUCUAUGUGAUGGUGUGUGGGAUAUUGGGCCUGCUCCUAAUGAGUGCCUUAGCUUUGCCAAACCUCUUCUGUCCCACGAGGAAGAGCAACAUGGUGUUGACUCUGUGGAACUUAAGCCUGCUCCUGGUGUACAUUAUCUGGUUCCUCUACGGUAGCUACCAGAUUUAUUCUAUAUAUCCACCCAAUUACGACAGGAACACUGCCACUAUGCCUGGCAACAAGCUGAGCAAUACCACGGAGAACCCGACCCAAGGUCCUGUAAUCCUCAACCAGACCCGGAGCCUUCCGAUCCUCAACCAGACCCAGAACCUUCCAAAUGUCAACCAGACCUGGAUCAUCACUACCAAGGUGCCAGCAAGGAAGCUGUUACAGCUCUGGAGGAUGAGCACAAGAGUGAAUAAAGAGAACCUGAACCCUCCACAUACACACCAGGUUCUGCUUCUGGAGCCAUACUGUGAUCGAACUGUGUACUUGUUUUCUUUCUGGACCACCACACUGGUGUAUGUGUUUGGAGGAAAUGCCCUAGUCAUUCUUAUCUGUAUUUGUGGUUUCAUGAAAAUUGGCAACAUGCUUACAAAAUAUCUUUUUUAAAGCACUGAUGUCUAGAGACUGAAUGAAUAUUGUCUUGAAAUAACACACACCGAUGGCCAAUGGUCUCUACUAAUAUAUGACGCCAACAACUCAUCUUCUUAUGUAUUUCAUAUUGUUUUCAAUAUAAUUACUCCAUUUCACCUAUUUAGUUAGGUUCGUGAUGUCACAUCACUGUUGUGCCAAAGAUAAACAAUUACUUUUUUGAACCUGAUAACCUAAAUCAACUACAUGCUCCAUGAUUGUCUAGCAACUAUCAAAGAUUGCAUAACCACCACUUUCCUUAAUCCAAACCCUAAAAAUGCAGAAAUCAUUCUAUUUGGGCCAGAUAACUUAGCCACUUCCAUUGAUUCUAUUCUGUUGGUUGCUUUCAUUUCAUUACUGCAGCUACCUCUACACCUCUUUCAGUCAAUCAGCUGUCAAUUGUUUAUAAUUAGUCCAAAAAUCCGCUUCCAGGUUGUUAUCAUGAUGAGGUUGUUAGUCACACAUUAACCCAACACUCACAUCCCUCUAGUCUAUUGGCUUCCAAAAAGAAUUUAGAAUUUAUUUCAGAAUCCUGUAACAUUACAUUUAAAGCGCUGCAUCCAUGGCUUUGCUCUCCAACCUUCUGACAUAUUGCUCUCUUUUCUGUUCUGUUCCCCACUCUAAAUUAAAAUAGAAAAGGCAAUUGUGAUUUUCCUGGUUUUGCCUCAAUCUGGACUCACCGUCAUUAACCUUUCAUGUGCCAAGGCACUGGACUGUUUCAAGCAUCUUUUUUAAAAUUCACCUUCAGCCUUUUUACUCCUAAUACUGUACAAUGUGUAAAUGUAUGAUAUGACAAUGGCAGCAAACGGUUCAGUUUGGUCAGAAUCAGAUGAAAUUCCUGCUGACUUAACAGGGACCCAAUUAAAAAAUAUUGUGUGUACUGAGCAAAUUGUGAUAUGGUUAUUGAACUACUACAAUGUUCUAGUUAGGAUAUGGCUGGUAGCAAGGACAUUUAUCAACUUUUCCACUUCAGUUCUGUUUUUAUCUAUGUUGUACAUCUAGUAAGGAAAUGUAUGAUUGUUAAAAACCAAAGAUUUAAGCUUUCGAUUGGUAAUUUAAAGUUUCCAUCUGCUUGUUAAGUCAACACAAAGGUUUCACUGAACGUGGACAAGUCAGAAAAGCCUCAGGUUUUAAAAGAAACCUGCAUUUAUUUGUAUUUUUGUUCAACUAAACCUUGGGAAAG